UCGGCGGAGGUCGAAGGGCCUCACUGUAGACCCACUGAGAGAGAGGGAGAGAAGGAGAUGGGAGAAAUUAAACAUUUCAGCCAUGAACAUGGUUUGACAUCAUGUAGUGAUCUUGCGUGUUCUGGUAAUUGUGGUGGUUGUAUGAGACGCAUCUCCGGUCCGGCCUAUCGUUGCUCCAAGGAGUGCAACUUUUUCAUCCACCAAUCGUGUGCUGAACUGCCACGAGCCAUAACACACCCCCUUCACCCCCAACACACUCUCGUACUUCACACCCAAACGGACAAACGCCGGGCCUGCCGAGGGUGCCAUGCCUGUGGCUGCUACAGCCAUGGCUUCUUCUUGUGUUGUUCUAUUCCUGAUUGUCAAUUUCAACUUGAUGCCGUAUGCGCUUGGCUGAUACCCAAAAAAGACCAUGAAGGCCGUCAUGAACACAAGAUCAAUUGUAUUAGUCCAACUUCACAAUCACUGAUUCAAACGCAUCUCUUGAUCCUUUGCGAUAUGAGUAAGAAUUUUGAUCUUUUAUGUUGUGCUUGCAAGCUACCUUUUCAAGAUUCGAUCUAUGUGUGCCUUGUAUGCAAACUCUUGCUGCACAAAACCUGCUCCGAAUUCCCACUAGAGAUCUUCAAACACCCCUUCCACCCACAACACACACUCACCCUCCAUUCAAGAGAAGGCAGUCAUGCACACACGUGUCGUGCUUGUGGCUACGGUCAAAUGCAAUUCUUCUACAGGUGUGUUGAUUGUCCAUUUAAGCUGGACAUUGUAUGCUCUUCUCUAACACUCACCACAAACCCUGAAGGUCACAAGCAUCAUAUUCAACAUCUGGGCCGAAAGCAUCGCUUGAUUAUUUGUGAUAUGAAGUUCAAAUUUAAUCCUUCUUGCGCUGUUUGCUUGCUACCUUUUCAGGAUUCGAUGAUUUAUGUCUGUCUUAAGUGCAGAGUUUUGCUGCACAAAUCAUGUUUUGAAUUGCCACGAAGGAUCACACAUCAUCCCUUUUGGCCAAAAUACAAUUUCAUCCUCUUAGAUCGACCGGUUCAUAAGGGAUCUCGAGACUGCGGGGUAUGUGAAGAGUCAAUUGAUUAUGGUUGUUCAUACUGUUCUGAAUAUUGUGAUUGUGAAUAUUGUGACAAUAAACCAGGAUUUUUUGGAAAAGUCUUUAGGUUUAUUGAGUCCAGGGUCUAUAUUCAUGCCAAAUGUGGUUUACUAAAGCCCACCAUAAUGUCUAAUCUUCACGAUCACCCUCUUGCUUUCAUCAAGAAGAAGGGAUCAUUUGGUAACUGUAAAUGCAAGAUUUGUGAUGGGUAUAUCGACAAGGCUUUUCUUCGUUGUGAGACCAGCUGCUAUUACAGUAUCCACGUUCGUUGCUAUCCAGCAUUGCCAAACACCAUCAAACUUCAAUAUCACUUGCAUCCCCUCACCAUCACAAAUUCUCUGGUCAAAGACUUUCCGGAUGAAGAUGAGAAUGCAGAAUUAUACUGUGAUGCUUGUGAGGAAAGAAGAUACCUUCUACACCCUACCUACUAUUGUGCUGAAUGCCAUUUUGUUGCUCAUGUUGAUUGCGACUGUGUGGUCUCUGAGGUUGUACAUUUGCUAGAGGAAGAGUGGUUCAAUACCCGCAAACCUGGGGACACAAAGUCAGGCACAUCAACUGAUGCGGUUGAAGAUAGUGCAGAGAUGGAUAGUUCAAGUGAAGAUAGUGAUAUGGCUGACGAGAACACUUGUGAAAUAGAUACUGAUUCUUUGAGAGGGAAGCUGGGUAGUGCAAGGGAAGAUGAUUUGGUUAGGAAUACUGAAAAUUGGUCUUUUGUGGAACUAAAAGAAGAGAUAGCAAUGCUUCGUCAAAAGGUGAUCAGAGAUGUUGGAAGCUCUACCCUUGUUAAACUAAAUGAAGAGAUAGCAGCAGUUCGUACAAAGGCAGAGGCACAAAAGGCACAACUAGAGAUUGUGGUGCAAAACUUUAAGGCACUUGAGGAAGAGAGCUCAAGACUUUUUAAUAGUUUCUAAAGUUAGUCCUACCAAAAAUUGUUAAUAAAUGCAGAGGAAAUCUUUUUUAUGCAAAUGGAAAAGGUGAAAUGGCUGAAGGAAGGGGGACCAAAAUAACUCAUUUUUCAGCAAGAAUUUCUCAAGUAGAUCAGACAGAAGGUAGUCGCUUUGAAUCAAAAAGUCGAGAAAUAAUAUUGGAUUAUUUGUUUAGAUUUUUUUAAAUUUCAAGUUAGGGAAUUUUCCCGACAUCAUUUCCUUUAUUUUAUCAUAUGUUUAGACAUUUAGUUUGAAUUAUGUAGCCUCUCAUUAUGUAUAUGUACACUUGUGUAGAGUAAAUGGGGACAUAGGAGACAUUUUAAGCUUA